AGGAAACAAACAUCCAGGAACCUCCAGUCUUGGAAUCUCCACAAGUGGAGGGGGGGAAAUCAGAACAAUGUCAAAAUUAGUAGAGUGUGUCCCCAAUUUUUCUGAAGGCAACAACAAAGAGGUGAUAGAUGAUAUUGGUGCAGCAAUCUCUCAGACAGCGGGCUGUAUGCUCCUGGAUGUAGAUUCUGGCCCUUCCACUAAUCGGACAGUUUAUACCUUUGUUGGGAGGCCUGAAGAUGUCGUUGAGGGUGCACUGAAUGCGGCCAGAACAGCUUUUCAGCUAAUUGACAUGUCAAAACAUAAAGGUGAACAUCCCCGGAUGGGAGCUCUGGAUGUGUGCCCUUUCAUCCCAGUGAGGAACGUCACUAUGGAAGACUGUGUUCACUGCGCCAAUCUUUUUGGGAAGCGUUUGGCAGAUGAACUUCAUGUCCCUGUGUAUUUGUAUGGCGAAGCAGCUUUGAAGGAGAGCAGAAGGUCCUUGCCAGCCAUCCGAACAGGAGAAUAUGAAGCCCUCCCUGAGAAACUCAAAAAGGUAGAAUGGGCUCCUGAUUUUGGCUCUGCAGAUUUUGUUCCAAGGUGGGGAGCAACAGUAACAGGUGCCCGGAAAUUCCUCAUAGCAUACAACAUCAACAUGCUGUGCACGAAAGAGCUGGCACACAGGAUAGCACUUAACAUUCGGGAGCAGGGCCGUGGAAAAGAACAGCCUGGGCGGUUGAAGCAGGUUCAAGGAAUAGGCUGGUAUUUGGAUGAGGAAAAUAUUGCUCAAGUGUCUACAAAUCUCUUGGACUUUGAAACCACUCCCCUCCACACAGUCUAUGAGGAAGUCUGCAUUGAUGCUCAGGCUCUGAAUCUGCCAGUGGUGGGAUCUCAGCUCGUGGGUCUGGUCCCCAAAAAGGCCUUGUUGGAUGCAGCGGAAUUUUAUAUUAACAAAGAAAAUCUCUUCGUCCUUGAGGAGGAACAUAAAAUCAGACUGGUGGUCAACCGAUUGGGGCUCGACUCUUUGUCUUCAUUCAAUCCCAAGGAGCGCAUAAUUGAGGACAUGCUGCAAGAGGGCAAAGAGAGCGGCAGCCUGACGUCUCUGCCUCUUCACAACUUUGUGCAGAAAGUUGGCGCAAGGUCAGCUGCUCCUGGAGGAGGAUCAGUAGCAGCAGCAAUGUCAUCUCUGGGGGCAGCACUGGGCUGUAUGGUGGGGCUGCUGACAUAUGGAAAGCGUCAGUUUGAGGAACUGGACCCAGUGAUGAGGCAAUUAAUACCUCCAUUUCAUCAGGCCAUGAAUGAGUUGGUAGUCAUGGUGGAUGCAGAUGCUUUGGCUUUCAGCAGCUACAUGGAUGCCAUGAAACUUCCUAAGAACACACCUGAGGAGAAAGAAAGGCGCACAGCAGCAAUGCAGGUGGGCCUGAAAAAUGCAGUUGGCGCCCCCCUCUCUCUGGCAGAAAAAGUCCACUCUUUAUGGCCCUUUUUAAAAGAAAUGGCUCAGCAUGGAAACCUAGCCUGCAAAUCAGAUAUUCAGGUGGCAGCUAAAGCUUUAGAAGCUGGUGUGUUUGGUGCCUACUUCAAUGUCACCAUCAAUCUGAAAGACAUAACAGAUGACAGCUUCAAGCAACAGGUUGAAGGGAAACUCUUCAAUUUCUUGGAGGAAGCCCAGAAAAGUACGGCAUUUGUGCUGGAGCUGCUGGAGAAACGUACAACAUGAAAGAUUGUUUCUGCAAGGAACUACUUAUCUAAGCAUGUUGAUUCUCUACUUGCGGUAUUGUUGGACUGUGUGCGACAGACAAGACACUUUUUGCUAUACCAAAAUAUAAUUACUUAGGAACAUAGGAAUAUAGGAAGCUGCCAUAAACUGAGUCAGAUCAUUGGUCCAUCUAGCUCAGUAUUGUCUACCCAGACUGGCAGCGGCUUCUCCAAGGCUGCAGGCAGGAAUCUCUCUCAGCCCUAUCUUGGAGAAGCUGCCAGGGAGGGAACUUGAAACCUAGACACUCUUCCCAGAGUGGAUCCAUCUCCUAAUGGUAUAUCUUACAAUGCUCACACAUGUAGUCUCCCAUUCUUAUGCAACAAAACCAGCUCUCUUCUUUCUGCAACACCUGCAGGAAUUUAUCUAAAAAUAUAAAGGUCACUGUACUUCAUUUCUAGUGCCACACAUUAGCCCAGUUCAGGCAGUAUGCUGGACAAGUGUACGGAUGUCUGUACACUCGUACAUGUGUUUGUGUGAAUGAUUGUUCCUUUGUUCAUUUUAAAAGUGAACCUGGAUACAGGCCCGUCAAAUGCAUGGUACCAAUAGGAAGUGGACAUCUGUAACUGCAUUCAACCUAGAAGAACCUAUAGAUCUGUACAUGUGUACAGUCGUACUAGCAUUGAACAUGUAUGGAUGGGCCUAAGGUAACAGUACAAUGCAAGUUUCUGUGACCCACAAACAGGAGCAACACUAGAACAAUUAGUAUGGGGGAGGAAAGGAGUAGCAAAGGAUGUUAUUGGGGGAGCAAGGAUUUAAAUGCUUUACAGAGGUAACAUUAAAUACUUAUAGAGGUAACAAAGUUGAUGUUAGUUUAUUUUCCAUAUUAAGGAAGUUUGCUUGAUAUUUUCAAUUGGAAAAUUGGUGAUAUUCCUCUUAGAAAAUACUGAGGUCAUUCACACAAUCAAAAACUGUAUUCUACCCAGGUUUGGGAGCUGUGUGUGCUCUCAAUUUUCAGUUGUGUGGAAGCAAGGUAGGAGGAAAAGUUUUCCUAUCAGACUUUGGAAUUGAGGAACUAAAGCCCACAGUGAUGUUUGAGGAUGAGCAAAGUUGAAUCUAGGUCUCCCAAAUGGAGAAGAUGAAGUCUCAAACUAAGCAUAUUCCCAUAAAGUACCACUAUGUUCAAGACUUGCAAGAGAAAGGGGCUGUCCAGUUGAAAUACUGCCCUACAGAAGAGAUGUUGGCAGAUGGAUUAACCAAGCCAUUGUCCAGAGACAGAUUCCAGAAGCUUUGUGAGAAGAUGGGAGUUGUGAACCGGUGCAAAAGGCGAUGAGAAGGGGUAUUGGAGAUGGAGUUUCAGUGCGACCUUUUUUACCAACUAUCCUAAUGACCACCAGAGAGAUUGGGAGUAGAGAUAGUGAGUAAGGGUCUCCCUAACUGUUCUACCGGUCUCUACUCUAUGACCCAUGAACUGACUCUUCCACACUUCCUGUGCUGCAUCACAAUCCUUCAUUUCCUCCUAGAGAGAAGAUGGAAACAUUUCCCUCCCUCCUUACCUAUUCAUUAUGUAGUCCUUUGGAUUAGGUUUAGGUCUUUCCUAUCCAAGUGUACUUAACCAAUAAAUACUUAGUAUUUAGCUAUACAAGAA